AUGGAAGGACCUGGUUAUCUUGCCGUCGCUAUCCAACCUGGCUGGAACACCGACGAAGCCAUUUUCCACGACUGGUAUAACACAGAACAUGGCCCAUUGCGUCUUCGACUACCCUUUAUCCAGACAGGAGACAGGUACAAAGCCACAGACCAGCAGACGCCAGAAUGGUCAGCCGUGUACGAUGUGUCUGAUCUGUCUUGGCUGCAAAAGCGAAUCUACACACGUCUACGCGAGGAGCGGUCACUCCGGGAGAAGGCUGUGAUGAGCACGUUUGAAUCGCUUGAUCGCAAGAUCUAUAGUCUCAUCUCUACUCGUGGCGAGUAUAACGGUCCACCAGCUGUCACUCGAGCAGUAUCAUUAAGGGUCAACGAGGCGGACCUUGACGAGUUCAACAGAUGGUACGAAGAGGAACACAUCGAUAUGCUAUCUAAAGUCCCGGGCUGGCUCCGUACGAGACGAUUUCGAAUGCAGCUCGGCAGCUUACAGGGCAUGCCGCCCUCUGGUCAAGUCGAGAUACUAGCUGUGCAUGACUUCUCGAAAGGCGAUGCAUUGGAUGGUGCGGAAUGGAAGGCGGCUACCUCUACACCGUGGCGAAACAAGAUGAUCGAAAAAGCCUUGUGGAGACACUCUAGAACCUGGUCGCACUACUUCACAUUUGAUGCGCUCGAGGAACCCCCCUCCUCGGUGAUAACCACCGAUGACGCGGAGCUGCGCUUCCAGCUUGAGGGCAACCCGGCUGAUCCAGUCAUUGUCUGCGUGAACUCUAUCCUGACGAAUCUCCAUAUCUGGGACGAGGUCAGCAAGGCGUUGAUUGCUGGCAUAAAUGGCAAAACCUACCGCGUGCUCAGAUACAACAGUCGUGGAUACGCUCAGCAAUCGGAGAAGAGCAACCACACCAGUUUCGAUAUACUUGCGGACGACCUGGAAUAUUUACUACAGCGACUCAAUGUUGAGAAGGUACAUGCUGUGAUAGGCGUCAGUAUGGGCGGAGUGGCUGCCAUCAAUUUUGCCAUCCGCCACCCGGAUAUGCUGAAGAAGUAUGUUGCGUGUGACUGCAACGUCGCCUCGAGUCCAGCGAACAGUCAGGCUUGGGCAGAGAGAGUCGAGCUAGCGAAAACAAAGGGCAUAUCAGAGCUGGCCAAGAUUACGGUCGAGCGAUGGUUCACUCUAGAGAACCAUGAAUCUGUAACCGCAAAAAAGGUUCUGCCUAUGGCGGAGCAAGCGAACUUGCAAGGCUUCGAGCAGAAUUCGUUGGCGUUGAGCAAGUACGAUCUCAAGCCCAGACUAGGCGAUAUCAAAUCUCCAGGCCUGUUGAUUGCGGGCGAAAGUGACGGCAAGAUCCCAGAAGUCAUGCAGAACUUCGGCAUUGCAAACACCAGCUUCAAGUCGAUACCGAAGGCAGGCCAUUUGCCAUUUCUGGAGAACCACGAUGCUUUCGUUGCAGCGCUGGGCGAGUUCUUGUAA